CAAUAUACUGCAGACACACAUAUGGGACCAACGCAUCUCACUGCCAUAUUGGAUUCUUUUGGAUUCAUCAGUCAGUUACAUUCAGUGGAGUUUAGCCCGGAGGAGUUGGGUUUGUGUGCAAGUUCGGCGCUGGUUUGGGUUGUUGUGGAGGUCCUGGCCUUGGCUCUGGCCCUCUUCCUGCUCACCAUGCACUCUGACCUCUCAACCUUUGACCUCCUGGCCCCGACAGCGGAUACAAAUACGUGGGGUGCCAAGCCCCAGCCCCGUCUGUACAUCACCAUGGCAACCACCGCCUUUCAGCCAAUCAUCAUCUACUGGCUCACCUCUCACCUGGUCAGGUGACUGAAUGAAGCCCAGUGUGAGGAACACUGCAUCGAUCCAACGGGGUCAGAAACACACUGAACAUGAAAAGACCCUGGUGCACAUUAAACUCAAAUAUCCAUAAGGACGAGAACGGGCCAUUCAGCCCAUCCUGGUUCGUCUGUUCUCCAACACCCAGCACUGCAUCAAGCAUUUAGGUCCCAUAUUGUGGAAAAUGACAUUUCUCUCGCUAUAUGGAUUAUAAAGAAGUUAAAGUUGCUAUAAAAACACUGAAAGUAUACAUUUUUACCUGUAGUUAUUCAAGAGCACUUUUUUCCCCUUGUUCAAACAGCAGCUGUCAGCUGGAGGUUAAAAUACCACCCGGUAAAUAAGGUCACGACACUGUUACUUUAACCAGUGCAGUGUGGACGAUGGAUUUGUAAGGCAGAGGUUGCAGGUUUAGCUCCCGGGUGUGGCACAGCCUCUGUGCCUUUUAUCGCACGGCUGCACUGAGUAUCCAGUAUUUCCUUGCCUUGGAAAUGUUUGUCCG